AUAACUUCUCCCACAGGCGUGGCAAUAUAUUCGAAGUUUCAUUGUGUCUUUCUCUGUAUAAUCCGAGGCGAAUUGAAUGCUUAACAAUGCUAACUCUGUUUUUAACAUUUUAUGAUUUUAAUGACAAUAAUAAACCGUUUGCUCAACACAUUCAAUCAUCUGUUAUUGAUUUGACGACUUGCAGAAAAAGAAGAAGAGUGAACGUGCUUGUACAUAACCGGUAGAAUAUACUUUUAAAAAUUGGAUAAACUAUGUUUAACAAGCUAACUAUAAUUAAAAACUGCAUAGUAUUACUGCCAAGAAAAAGAGUAGAGUUUAAACGCUCACUACAAUCAAAAAGUUCUCAAGUAAUUACAGAGGCAGCAUGUGCAGACCAAAACCAUGUCGAAAACACUACAAAUCCAUUUGCGGUAAACUUGCAAAGCUUUCUAAGUGCGACUAACACUGAUGAGAAACCGGCGACACUAGCGAUCAGUCCUGAGGAAAAGGAACGUCGUCUGAAAGUAUUACAAUUAGAAGCAGAGGUUGCGCGUCAAGAAGGCAAGCGUGUUCCAACAUUAGAUUAUUUGAAAGAUCAUCAUUGGGAUCAAAUCAUAGCAAUGCCCUCCAGAUCGGCUAGGAUGAAAUUUUAUUCAUAUUUGUGGAAAAAUGCGGCAAUAGCGGAGUCAAGAAAAAUGAAAAAGCAAGAGAAAGCAGCUAGUGCACAAGAUCGUAUUGACGCAAUACGUAAAGAAAGAGCUGAAAAUCCGCACAUUGUUUAUGGCUUAGGAAAUGUCUCCAUGUUUCUGCGAAUAUACGAUGCGACCAUUAAUCAUUGGAUGAAUCAUAGAUUAAUAAGGGCAAUGUUGUUUUCUCCUAAAAUUGUACUCGACUGUUCGUACGAUAAUCAGAUGGACAAGAGAGAGGCUGAAAAUGCGGCCAAACAAUUAAUGUUAUGCUUUGCUGAAAAUCGGGCUCAUGACGACCCUUUCGACUUGCAUUAUUGUAAUGUCGACUUGAAAAGUACCUGUAUGAAGAGACUUCAAAGUUAUAUACCCACUAUGUUAAAUCCAGAAUUUCCCAUGAAUAUCCAUAGCGAAUGUUUUACCGAAAUAUUCUCCAAAAACAAUAUAGUUUAUCUUACACCACAUUGCCAAACCGAUCUCGAAACUUAUAAUUCAGACGAUGUGUACGUUAUUGGAGCCAUGGUGGAUAAGAGACACGCUGAACCAUUAUCUUUGGCCAAGGCAAAACGGCUUGGGUUACGGGUAGCACGUCUGCCGCUCGAUCGUUACUUACAAUGGGGUUCUGGUUCGGGAAAAUCUUUAACAUUAAAUCAAAUGGUAAACAUUUUGUUGGAUCUUAAAAAGACUGGAGAUUGGGAAACUUCCUUGAAACAUGUUCCAAGGCGCAAAGUGAUAGAUUCGGAAGAACGACUGGCUUCGUUUUACGAAAAACAAAAGAAUAGAGUGAACGUACGAGUUGAUAAGAUCUUUGAUAACGGUAAUGGUGUCUUCAAACCCGUGAAUUCGGUUCGCUCACAUAAAAAACAUUUGAAAUUCAAUCUAGCAAACUGGGGUUCCAAGAAAUGAAUUAUCUAA